UGGAUACACAGCAAAAUGUUGAUGUUAACUUUUCCUUUCGCUGCAGGAUGGUCACAGGGGUUAACUAUUCUCCCAACCCAAAACCGUAAAGAGGCAGGAGAUGGAGACAACGUGAUGUUGGAGUGCAGGUUUGAGCUAGACAAAGCAGACAUCGGCCCAUUGGAUAUCGAGUGGUCAAAAACGCCCAAUGAUCCAGCGGAUUCACCAAUCAUUGUUAUUGACUAUUCAGGGGACAGGACCUAUGAGACACGUCUUGAAGACAUGAAAGGUCGUGUGCACUUCAGUUCACCAGAUCCCAAAAAUGGCGAUGCUUCCAUCAACAUCACCAGGUUGAGACUCAGUGAUUCCGGAAGAUACCAUUGCAAAGUGAAGAAGUCUCCUGGUUCAAAGACCAUAUCAAUCACGCUGGAUGUUUUGAUGAGACCAAGCAAUACAAAAUGUUACGUGGAUGGAACUCAUGAGGUUGGAAAAGAUGCAAUGUUGAAAUGUUCAAGUGAAGGAACACCCCCUAUCAAAUACAUCUGGACCAGACAGAGCCCAUCAAAUCUGAUGCCUCCUUCUGCAGUUGCAGAUGUCAUCUCAGGAACUCUGAAAUUCAAAAACGCAACAACGGAUUACUCUGGUGACUACGCAUGUACAGCUAGCAAUCGAAUUGAUAGUUCACAAUGUGUCGUCAGGUUGUCAGUCUCAUCCUCAUCCAACAAUGCCGGGAAGAUAGCGGGAGCUAUUAUUGGUGUACUACUGGCUUUAUUGUUGCUGGCCAUCAUCAUCUGGUGCUGUCUUCGGAGAAAGAAACAGCAAACCUACGAGAAGGAGCAGCCUUAUGAAAUAAGAGAGGAUGUUCCUGCCCCAAAAAGUCGGGUUUCAACGGCUCGAAGCUACACCGUGGGUUCACAGCGUUCCUCUCUGGGCUCCAUGUCUCCCUCCAAUAUGGAACCCUACAAAACCCAUUACGAUCGACUGGCUACAAAUGACUUGGAACAUCUGCCCAAUCACAGCCCGAGUAUCAACCCUUCGUACAAGGUAGCUGCUCCUAGUCUGAAUCGUAUGGGGGCUGUUCCUGUCAUGAUUCCAGCACAACAUUGCGAUGGUUCCAUUGUGUAACACCCCAUUCAAACAUCUUCUUGUCCUGACCUUUCUGAUACACUAUGUGAAUUGAGAGGACUAUCUUGAAUUUGACAGUCCGCUAAUAUUGCGAUUGCCUUUUGUACAGUGUGCACAUUUAGAAAGUGUCCUAGAGUUUAUUCUUAGCUGAAGCUGAUAAGAAUUUUUCGUAAAUGUUAAGAGUUUUGUCUCUGAAGUUUUAUAUGUAAUUCAUUUUAGGAAAUUCUUGCACAAGCACACCAGAAAAUGACUUUGGUUCACUUUAAGUUUGUCAGUUCAACUUGGUGUUAUGAUAAGGAGCAUGCAGUGUGGAGAAUUGGGAGGUGGGCUGAAGAUAGUGGGAGUCAAAAGGAAGAAACAGCCAGAGGUCUUCCUCCAGAUCAACAUCUUAUGUGUAUGAUUGAGUGACAUUUGGUGACAUCCUUUCAGGUGGUGGUGCUACCUGCAACCAAAUAUUUUUAGACGCUGUUGCCAAUACAUCAAACGAUUGACAGAUCCUAUAAUUUCGUAUCUCUGCAGACAGUAGGAAUGAAUUUUCAUUGUUGUUAAAUUGUUUCUGGUAGAUGGUCCUCAUUUGUACAUUGUACCCUUAGCAUCAAUCCUCUCAAAAACUGACAUUGAAAUGGCUACCUACACACAUCCUUGGGCUUAUAAAUUAAUGCAAUUUUUAUUCUCACUGAUUUUUUAUUUUAAUUUUGGGAGGGAUGGUAUGCAUAUGAGGCUUCGAUUCUCUUUCCUUACGUUCUUUGAAGUUCAGGGUUGUGCUAAAUGGACCACGCUCCCUUUUUAUGCUGUUUUUAAACCAACUAGAUGUCUCUGCAUUGGGUGCCUUUUUUAAAAUUAGUAAAUAGAAGUACGUUUUUGAUUCAUUGAGAUGCCUUUUAUCAUUUAUAGUAGGAUGGAAUUUCAUGACCUUUUUGAAAACUUAAUGAAAAUAUGGUAAAAUAAUGUGUAUUCUGUAUUAUUUUGGUUAGUACUUUUGCUUAGUGAACGUUGGUGGUCAAGUUGACCAGGUAAGUGACCCUGAAGCUUGAGGACUUGAUAUGCAGAGAUACUUAGUCAGCCCUGCUCCUCUGUGGCUCACUGGCUGAGGUGCUCAGUCUAAUAAUGCCAGUUGGAUGGUCCCUUUGAAGAAAGUCAUAAACAUAACAUCAUAGAAAAAUUAAAGUACAUGAAUGAUAGACAAAAUGGCCCCUUCCUGUAUUCAGUUUUAUAACUUUAUUUUCUUUAAUGAGAUCAGUAAUAAGCCUAGCAGACCAGUGAUGCCAAUUGCUUAGAGCCAUAGUGAUGUACAGUCUAUGUCGACCAGAUAUCCUAAACUAAUCUAGUCCCAUUUGCCAGCAGUUGGCCCAUAUCCCUCUUAAACCCUUCAUAUUCAUAUACACUUCCGGAUGCCUUUUAAAUGUUGUAAUUGUACCAGCUUCCACCACUUCCUCUGGCAGCUCAUUCCAUACACACACCACCCUCAGCAUGAAAAGGUUGCCCCUUACGGUCCUUUCAAAUGUUUCCACUCUAACACUAAACCAAUGUCCUCUAGUUCUGGACUCCCCCACCCCACGGAAUAUACCUUGUCUAUUUGCCUGAUCCAUGCCCCUCAUGAUUCCACUGUACUCUGAGGUAACCUUCUUCACUGUCCACUACUUGAUAUUGCAUUAGCUGUUGUGUUGCUGGAGUUGGUGACCUCGAUAAUCCUGAGAUAGUGAGAGUUUCGGGUAGAAGUGACAGGCUCAAGCUGGCCCUCCUCCGGGCUGCUGCCAGGUGUCCCUCCAGUCUUCCAGACAAGUGCUGCUAGUGUGUGUGCAACGCAGGAAACUGUUGGUGGAGAAGAAUCACUGGAAACAUGGAUAUGGCUAAGGGAGAAGCAGUAAUGUUGGACAGUGGUAUUUCAGAUUUCAGGGCACGAACCAUGCAGCAGGGUGGAUGCUAGAACUGUGUGUAUACUAGGCAUCAUUACAAAAUUUUCACAUCCCAUGACGCAAUCAGAUGCUUUGCAAUGCACUUCCACAAAUGAACAGCCUUGUUUUGUGGGCCGGGUGGAUACUGAAUGGUGGGCAAUAGUCCUGCAGUAACUAACACAUAGUUGCACGUUUUUGGAUCAGGAAAAAUCGGGGAUUGGAGUGAGGGAAUGAUGUGUUUUACUUCUCUACUGUUGAUUUGAAGAACAAGUGAUCAGGAACCAAUUACUGCUAUUGUAUUAGAAUAUUGAAAUUCUUUUUAAGCUGAUAAGAUUUUAACUUUCAACUUUCUCCUGUACUGUGUUUUUCUUUUUUUGUUGUUUAUGUGAUGUUAUUUGGCAAAAUGCUGGACAAUUUUGUUUUCCAGCUAUCUUUUUGAAGGAAAUUCAAAUAAGUGCAUGCAUUAUCCCAAAGCCUUUCGUGUGAAUCUAAAGGAUCGAUGAGCUUUAGAAUUUUAAUGUAACUGUUUUGUAAGAAGUUGAAAAUUUGAAUUUAUCGUAGAGCUGUUUUGUGGAUGUUAAUCUCUGUCUUGUUUGAAUCUUGUUGGUUAAAGUUACUGCAUUAUUCUAGCUGCAGGUUACCUAACCAAGAUGAGAUGACAUGUUAAAGGAUUUAAGUUAAGCAAUUGGUGAAAAGAAGUUAACUGAAUGAAGUGAUGUAAAAACUGCUGAUGUGGAAUUUGGCUUUGUGAUCCUAUUUUCAUUGUACAUAGAUUAGAGUCCUGAUUGGUGUUUUGACCAUUCAGAUAUAGCUAUUAUUUUUGUUAGACAGUGAAAUGGGGACAGAUUUAAGCCCAUAUUUUUUGACUCGUGUGUUGAUUUGGAUGUGCAGAAGCCUGGUUUUAAUCUCAUCAAAUUCUGAUUCUGUUGUGCAGCAACUCAAGCUAUGAAGGCUUCAGAGUAUUUUCAUACGGUUCACAGUAGGUUAGCAAAUAGUCAUAGAGCUGUACAGCAUGGAAAUAGACCCUUUGGUCCAACUCAUCGAUGCCGACCAGAUAUCCUAAAGCAAUUUAGUCCCACUUGCUAGCAUUUCUCCAGGUUUGAUUUCUGAUGUCUGUUGCUGGUGAGUGUCAUGAUUUGGGAACUGUUCUGUGUUCAGGGCCAACAACGUCAGCUGCAGUCAGAGUGGGGUCAAGAUGGGUCUGUCUCGUUGACAUUAGAAACGUGUAAGGAACUGAUGAGGUCAGGAUCCAGCCUUUAAGAGUCAGGCAUCCUAUUCGAAAUCUCAUCAUGUGGAUUAUUGAAUCCUUACAGUGCAAAAAGAGGCUAUUUGGCCCAUCAAAUUCGCACCGACACUCCAAAGAGUAUCCCACCAAGACCCCUGCCCUAUCCCUAUAGCU